AAGAACAGAGAAAAGUCGCUAGUCAAAUCUGUGAACAAACUCUGAAAAAAACUGAAGCAUUCGAUGAAAUUUCCCUACAUACGAGUUCUUUAUAUGGUUGGAAGGAGAAGUACUAAUGUAUUGUCCAGUGUAUCUUUCAAUUAUUGUUCCGUCUAACUAAUCAUCUCCUGAAAUAUACACACUUGAGCAUUCCAUGGCUUUAGCGUUGCCAAAUCCUCUCCCCAGCUCGUUGCUUCUUCUUCUGUUGAUGAUGGCAUGUUCUACCUCAGCUCAAACUUACAGAAACCAAUCCUUAGGCUCAUCCUUGACAGCGCAGGACGGUGGUUCUUCCUGGGCAUCGCCUUCUGGUGACUUUUCUUUUGGCUUCCAACGGAUUGAAAAUGGGGGUUAUCUACUAGCCAUCUGGUUCAGCAACAUACCAGAAAAAACCAUUGUCUGGGCAGCCAAUCGAAAUAAUCUAGUGCCAAGACGAUCCAAAGUUGAGCUUACUACAGACGGCCAAUUUGUGCUCAACGACCCAGAAGGCAAAGAGAUAUGGAGAGCUGAUUUAGAGCGUUCCGAUACCGUUGCCUAUGCAGCCAUGCUUGACAGCGGAAACUUGGUGCUGGCAACCCAGAAUUCUGUGCUUUUGUGGCAGAGCUUUAAUCAUCCAACUGAUACAAUAUUACCCACAAACACCAUUGCUCGGCUCGGAAAACUUGUUGCACGUUACUCGGAAACGAAUUACUCAAACGGAAGAUUCCAGUUCUCACUGCAAUCGAAUGGAAAUCUUGUACUUCAAACUAUAGAUUUUCCAUUGAACUCUGCUAAUUCUGAUUAUUGGUCAAGCGAAACUGUGGGCAGUGGUUUUCGGGUUGUCUUCGACCAGUCUGGUUUUAUAUACAUUGCAGCAGUAAACGGAAGCAUAGUUAAUAAUAUAUCAUCGAAUGCCGGAUCUACGCAAGACUUUUAUCAGAGAGCGAUUCUUGAAUAUGACGGAGUUUUUAGGCAUUAUGUAUACCCAAAAAGCCAUAAUAUUUCGAAUUCCAUGAGUUGGCCUUUGGCUUGGUCCCCUAUGUCCGACUUCAUACCUUCUAAUAUCUGCACAGACAUAACGGACGCGACAGGCGGUGGAGCUUGUGGUUUCAACAGCUACUGCCAACUAGGAGAUGAUCAAAGACCUUUUUGCAUAUGCCCAGAAGGAUACGCUUACAUUGAUCCAGAUGAUGUAAGGAAAGGAUGUAAAGCGAACUUUAUCCAACAAAGUUGUAAUGAAUCAUUUCCGGAAACGGAUCUUUUUUACCUUCAGCCCAUGCUAAAUACAGAUUGGCCCCUAUCUGAUUAUGAACAUUUUCAAGGCCAAACUGAGGAUUGGUGCAGGAAUGCUUGCUUGGGUGAUUGUUUCUGCGCUGUUGCCAUUUUCAGAAACGGAGAGUGUUGGAAGAAGAAAUUUCCACUCUCGAAUGGAAGGAAGGACUCCAGUGUUGGAGGAAAUGCCCUGAUCAAAAUACGGAAAGAUGAUUCAACUUCCAAGCCUUCAGAUGCAGAUUCUAAGAAGAAAGAUCGUUCAACUCUGAUCCUUAUUGGAUCUGUGCUCUUAAGCAGCUCGGUGUUUUUCAACCUACUCUUGCUGUUGGCGGCCUUUCUGGCUGUCUUUCGCUUCGAUUAUUUUAAGCCAAAGGUCGUUCAAAUAUACCCAGUGAUGCCAGGCAUGAACCUGCGAAAUUUCACCUAUGAGGAACUAACAAAAGCUACAGAAGGAUUCAAGGAAGAGCUGGGGCAUGGUGCUUUUGCAACAGUUUAUAAAGGGGCCCUAGAAUCUGAUCGUGGUAAGCCUGUUGCAGUUAAAAAGUUGAACAAUAUCGUGACACAAGGGGAUCUGGAGUUCAAAGCAGAAGUGAGUGCUAUUGGCAGAACAAAUCACAAAAAUUUGGUACAACUGCUUGGUUUCAGUAAUGAGGGGCAGCACAGGCUUAUUGUAUAUGAAUUCAUGAGCCGUGGUUCUCUAGCAAACUUCCUCUUUGGAGGUUCACGGCCUAACUGGUACCAAAGAAUACAAAUUGCAUUAGGAACUGCAAGAGGGCUCUUGUACUUGCAUGAAGAGUGCAGCACCCAGAUCAUACAUUGCGAUAUCAAGCCACAGAACAUCCUUUUGGAUGAGUCUUUGACAGCAAGAAUUUCUGACUUUGGAUUAGCCAAGCUUUUGAAGACAGACCAGACUCGGACUAUGACCGGAAUCAGGGGAACCAAAGGGUAUGUGGCCCCUGAAUGGUUCAGAAACAUGCCCGUUACAGUCAAGGUGGAUGUUUACAGCUUUGGGAUAUUGCUGCUAGAGAUCAUCUGCUGCCGGAAGAGUUUUGAAGCAGAUGUACAGAAUGAGGAUCAGAUGAUACUUGCUGAUUGGGUGUAUGACUGCUAUAAAGAGAGGAAACUGGAUCUCUCAUUGGGGAAUGAUGAGGAAGCAAUGUCUGACAUGAAGAGAGUGGAGAGAUAUGUGAUGAUUGCAAUAUGGUGCAUUCAGGAGGAUCCAUCGCUAAGGCCAACAAUGAAGAAAGUCAUACAGAUGAUGGAAGGAGCUGUUGAAGUGCCAGUUCCUCCAGAUCCAUCCUCAUUUAUUAGUUCAAUCUAGAUUUAAUUCAAACUUAAAUUACGUUCCCAGUUGUUCAGUUCUCUAUGCAUAUUCAGUUGUCAAUACUAUCAGUGUGGCAAGUUGA